CCCUGCUCAUCACUAUACGCCUCUCUCUGCCUACGGCCUGCAGUUAGUGGGGGUAACAGGCUGGAAGUACGUCCUCCUCCGGUGCAGUCCGCCCCGGUCCGCUCAAGUUGUCCCGUUUGCUCGCAAAGCACCGACUCCGGUGUGCAGAUAUGGCACAGCCACCUGUCCUCCAAAUGUUUGCUGUCAUCAUCAUCGCAUCAGUUCUCCUGCAAACUGCGACAUCGGCCCACCUCAAUGAAACUAUUUUUGCAGUGACUGUUAGCUCCCAGGUGAUAGGAGGGAAACGGGAGACCCUGUGUGCUCAGAUCCACGGCCCCACAGAGCCCGUCUCUCUGACCAUUGCCCUCGAGAUGGACUCUGGCAGAACCGACAUCCUGGAGCAGGCUGUUGAACAGGAUUUUUACCGCUGCUUAAAAUUCCAGGUACCCACAGUGCGUGUCAAAACUGUGGCAACCAUCAAUGUCACUAUUCAGGGUGAGAGUGCCUCCAUGAGUAAGAAGACCAAAAUCCUCAUUGAGCCUCCUGCUUUCAUCCACAUCCUCCAGACUGAUAAACCCAUCUACAAACCUGGACAGACUGUCCAGUUCCGAAUCGUCUCUAUGGAUGCCAAUUUCAUCCCCGUCGACCGAGUGUACAUAGUGGUGGCGCUCCAGGAUCCCAACUCAAAUCGCAUUGCCCAGUGGUUGAAUAAGAGCAUUGUUAGCGGCAUCCUCGAUCUUUCCCACCCCAUGAUUCCUGAGGCAGUACAAGGAAGCUACGUGAUCACCGCCUCGACAAACAAAGGAGAGCAAAUAUCCCACAGCUUUGACAUCAAGGAAUACGUUUUGCCAAAGUACGAGGUAAAGGUUCACCUCCCCAGUGUGAUUACCAUCCUGGACCAAGAGGCAACGCUAAAGAUUUGUGGAAAAUACACCUAUGGGAAACCCGUUAUUGGUUCAGUCAAGGCAGUGGUUUGCAGAAACGCUCUCCGGUUUUACUGGCAUUCAAAAACACAAGAAAUCGACAUCUGUCAGACGUAUAAACUGAUGACGGACAAAAGUGGUUGUGCAACUCAAACUUUGAACUUGGCAGAGUUUUCCCUCAACAAGAGCAUGUACGACGACAGCUUUGUGGUGAAUGCUGAAAUGGAGGAGUACGGCACAGGAGUCAUACUUUUGGGCAGUGGGCAGACCAGCUUCAGCAGUCACAUCCGAACUGUCACCUUUGAGGAUGUACCUGCAGCAUACAAGCCUGGCAUCUUGUUAGAGGGAAAGGUCAAAGUGAUCGGUCCAGACGACCAAGCUGUCGCCAAUGAGGCAGUGUAUCUGAUUGUCAGCGACUCUCAAAAUGUAACUCUCACUACAGACACACAAGGCAUGGCUUCAUUUUCUUUGGACACCGACCUCUGGAAGGACACCGUGACUCUAAAGGCGAGGUCCAGAAAGACUGAGGAGAAUGAUCCAUAUGUGGCCAACCUGCGCACACCAGAGUACAAGUCUGCCUACCACCAGGUCGCAGCAUUUUAUUCCAAGAGCAAUAGUUUUUUGAAGCUCAUGCAGGUGAGCGGGAAGCUCGCUUGUGAUAAAGAUGCGACUGUGCGCGCUCAGUACAUCAUCCAGGGGGAGGAGCUAAAGAAAGACCAGGAGGUCCUCGACUUCUUUUACCUGGUGAUGUCCAGAGGUGGUAUUGUGCAGCAUGGCCGUCUCCCUGUAGCAGUUAAAGCGGGAACUGUCAACAAAGGAGAGUUGUCCGUAUCACUCCAUCAGGUUACAAACCUGGCACCAUUUGCCCAAAUGGUAGUUUAUACUGUGAUGCCCAGUGGAGAGACUGUGGCCGAUAGCAAGGACUUCCCCGUUUGGCUCUGCCUAAAUAACAAGGUGUCUCUGAAGUUUUCAUCUCUCCAAGAGCGUCCAGCAGAGAAGACCACGCUCAGUCUUAAGACUCACCCAGGCUCCAUGUGCUCUGUCAGAGCCAUCGACCAGAGUGUCCUCCUGCUGCAGUCGGAGCAGGAACUCACUGUUGACUAUGUGUACAGCCAGCUGCCUUUACAGAAGCUGUCAGGAUACAACUAUGAGGUUGAAGACUUUGAGCCAUAUCCCUGCUUCCCUGUGCCAAUGCCAGAACCGGAGAUGGAAGCUGAACUAGAACUUGAACCAGAACCUGUGUUUGCGGUCGAUGUGGAGCCAGCUAGUCGAUCGAAGCGCUCAGUCUACUUCGGAGCGCCCAAUCAGAAGAAUGACGUCUACAACAUUUUUAAAGAAAUAGGAAUCAAAAUUGUGACCAACUCCGAUGUGAAAAAACCUUAUAACUGCCAUGAAAGGAAUUAUGACUUGCUUUACUACGAUUCUGAUGUUUUAGACUCUCCCGUUCCCAUGGCCUUCAACAUGAUGCCACAGAGUUCUGGUGGUGUGCUGAGAGGUCAAGAGGAGGAGAAGGAAGAGACCGUCAGGACAUUCUUCCCUGAAACCUGGAUCUGGGACCUAGUUACUGUUGGAGACAGUGGCUCAGUGAAUGUGGAGAAGAUAGUCCCUGACACCAUCACUAAGUGGGCAGCUGGAGCUUUCUGCAUCUCCUCUGUCGGCUUCGGCGUGUCGCCCAACACUGGACUGAUUGCCUUCCAGCCGUUCUUUGUCAGUCUCACCUUGCCCUACUCUGUCAUCCGAGGGGAGGUGUUUACUCUCAAAGCCACUGUCUUCAACUAUCUCUCCAAGUGCAUUAUGGUGCAGAUUACACUGGCUGAUUCAGACCAGUACACCUUCAGAAACUGUGAUGGCUGCCAGUACAGUGUGUGUUUGUGCGGGGAGCAGAGCAGGACCUUCUCAUGGAUUGUAUCUCCAACUGCCCUAGGUCAGGUGAAUCUGAAGGUCAGCGCAGAGGCCCUGAAGACUGACAUACUGUGUGGCAACGAGGUGGCCACUGUCCCCGACAUGGGCGCAAUCGACACAGUGGUCCGCACCCUGCUGGUGGAGGCUGAAGGAACCCCACAGAUGGUCAGUCAUAACGCUCUCCUCUGUCCUGCAGAGGGGCCUGUGGAGAAGAACGUCUCCCUUCUGAUGCCCGAGAUGUUUGUGGCUGGAUCAGCCAGGGCCUCUGUCUCUGUACUGGGUGACCUGAUGGGCCGGGCCAUGAAAAACCUGGAUAAGCUGCUGGCCAUGCCGUACGGCUGCGGGGAGCAGAACAUGGUGCUGUUUGCGCCCAACAUCUUCAUCCUCAACUACCUGAAAAGCACGGCUCAGCUGACCAAGGACAUUCAGGACAAAGCGACGCGCUUCCUGGAGAGCGGAUAUCAGAGGGAGCUCAACUACAAGCAUGAUGAUGGCUCCUACAGUGCCUUUGGGAAGUCUGAUGAGUCUGGAAACACCUGGCUGACCUCUUUUGUGAUGAAGUCCUUCGCUGGGGCGCGACCAUACAUCUUUGUGCAUGCCAAGCACAUUAAAGAUUCCAGGAGGUGGCUGUCCAAACUUCAGCGGCCUGACGGCUGCAUCAGAUCUGUGGGGAAACUCUUCCACAACGGCAUGAAGGGAGGAGUGAGUGACGACGUGUCCCUGACAGCCUACAUCACCGCUGCGCUGCUGGAGCUCGACACCAACACCUCGAACCCCAUAGUACAGAACUGCCUGAACUGUCUGAAGGAAGCAGUGGCCGGCCAGCUGGACAACCUGUACACCACCGCCCUGCUGUCCUACACCUUCACUCUGGCUGGAGACCAGGAGAUGAGGAGCAAACUCAUCACUUACCUGCACCUGAAGUCCAAAACGCAGGCAGGUGGCACACGUCACUGGGCCAGAGCAGGGGCUUCUGGGAAAGGCCUGGACUCUUUGGAGGUGGAGAUGACAUCCUAUGUGCUGCUGGCUCUGCUCUCCGGUCCGGCCAUGCCAGACUUUGAUUUGGAUUACUCCUCCAGCAUCGUCCGCUGGCUCGCCCAGCAGCAGAACCCGUAUGGGGGCUUCUCUUCCACACAGGACACUGUGGUGGCCCUCCAGGCUCUGGCUAAGUACGGAGCUGCCACUUACAGCGCUGAGGGCAGCACUGCAGUGACAGUGACGUCGUUAGGAGGCCUGAACAAAGAGUUCAUGGUGGAUCAGAGCAACAGGCUGCUGUACCAAGAGGAGAAGCUGAGCGAGGUCCCUGGAGAGUACACCAUCAGAGCCCAGGGACAGAGCUGUGUGCUGGCACAGAUCUCCAUGCAUUACAACAUCCCCCCUCCCCCCGACUUCUCUGCCUUCAACAUCUCUACUAACACUAUGGCCAAAUGCAACAUCAGCAGGCCUCAGCUCAUCCUCUUUGUGCACGUCAGGUACCAGGGCAGGAGAGAGGAAACAAACAUGGUCAUCAUCAACAUCAAGCUGCUGUCUGGAUACAUUCUGGACAAGAGCUCCCUGAAGCUGCUGAAGAUCGACCGUUCAGUGAAGCGCGUGGAUGUGGAUGAAGGACACGUCAACAUCUACUUAGAUGGGCUGAGAAAGGAUGAGACUAAGAUACACAGUGUGACACUAGAGGAGGAUGUGCCUGUCAGAAAUCUGAAACCAGCUGUGGUCAAAGUCUAUGAUUACUACCAGACAAGUGAUGAGGCGGUCACUGACUACACCUCCCCCUGUGCAGAGAGUGACGGAGUCAACGAGCUGUAAGAGCUGCCGGGACUUCUGUCAGUUGGAAGAAUCCGUUUCAGAGAAAGAAACUUCUAGGUGUUUACGUUUUUUGUUUUUACUCAUUUUAAAACUUUUUUUAGCUGCGUUUUAUUGUUCGUGAAUUCCACUUCAAAUGUUCACUUUACUUUUUUUUGUUCUACUUGCUGUCCUAUGGUAGGCUCGUCCUUCCAAUCAUGACUGUUAGUAAUGAACCAAUAAUCCGCUUCAUACAGUAGUUACUGCUGUCUCUCAACACUGGAACCUUCACAUGUAACCCGAGUCCAAGAAAAGCAGACAAAGAUAUUCUGUAACAGUUCUGUUUAAUAGAUUUGACAAAAUCCAUAUUAUUCAUACGUGAAAGUAACGCAUGAGACAUACAGGGUACCAAUAACACAGUAUGGUCCGAGUAUUGUGUGUGUGUGUGUGUGUGUGUGUGUGUGUGUGAGAGAAACAGGAUCUACUUUCUAGAAAACAAUGGUGAGUUAUUCUGUGAGAUGUGUUCUGCUGUACCAGUGUAAAAAAAAAAAGGUAGAUUGAUACAUCACUACCAUACAAUUUGAAA